UAGCAAAGUGGAGUGAGUUUGAGGUUAUGUUGCAUCAAAACAAACCCUAAUCGUAGGAAAUUUCUCCAAUUUAUUGUGAAAAUGAGUGAAAAACGGACAAUUUACGUCGGUGGCCUGGCAGAGGAAGUGACAGAGAAGCUCCUGAAUGAUGCUUUCAUCCCGUUCGGGGACUUAAUAGACAUACAAGUGCCCAUUGACUAUGAAUCUCAGAAGCACCGGGGCUUUGCUUUCAUCGAGUACGAGAGUCCGGAAGAUGCCGCCGCGGCGAUAGACAACAUGAACGACUCUGAGCUGUAUGGACGCACCAUCAGGGUGAACCUAGCCAAGCCGCAGCGCAUAAAAGAGGGCAGCAAUCGGCCCGUCUGGGCGGAAGAUUCGUGGCUCAUUAAGCACGCCGGGGCGACGCUAAAGAACACAGAUGACGCCCCUGGAGGGCCCCAGGUCGAAGGAGAAACGACUGAGGAAGUGGCCAAGGAGACGAAACCAACAGAAAACAGGAAUCCGCAGGUGUACUUCGACAUCCGGAUAGGGAACAGCGAUGCCGGAAGGAUAAUCAUGCUGCUUCGGGCGGAUGUAGUGCCCAAGACGGCAGAAAACUUCCGGGCGCUGUGCACGGGCGAGCAGGGAUUCGGCUAUGCCGGCAGCAUAUUCCAUCGCAUCAUUCCUGACUUCAUGUGCCAGGGCGGCGACUUCACGAACAAAAACGGCACGGGCGGCAAGUCGAUCUAUGGGCGGAAGUUCGCUGAUGAGAACUUCGACCUGAAGCACACGGGCUUCGGGACGCUAAGCAUGGCCAACUCGGGGCCCAACACGAAUGGCUCGCAGUUCUUCCUCUGCACCACGAAGACGGACUGGCUGAAUGGGAAGCACGUGGUGUUCGGGCAUGUCAUCAGCGGCGCCGAUGUGCUGCGCAAGAUGGAGAAGUGCGGCAGCAAGGGCGGAGCGCCUACGCAGAAAGUGGCGAUCGUGGCGUGUGGAGAACUCAAGUGA